CCGGAAGUAAACAUUCAACAUGUCGGCUUUGAGACAAACACCGCUGACUUGCAGUGGACAUACUCGGCCAGUGGUUUAUUUGAAUUUCAGUGACAUAACGCCGUUUGGUUAUUUCAGCAUAAGCGCUUGCAAAGAUGGAAAACCAAUGUUGCGGCAGGGUGACACAGGGGACUGGAUCGGGACGUUCGAGGGUCACAAGGGGGCAGUCUGGGGAGCCACACUGAACCGAGACGCCACCAGGGCUGCAACCGGCGCUGCAGAUUUCUCUGCGAAACUGUGGGAUGCAGAGAAGGGCGAGGAGAUCCACACGUUCGCCCACAAGCACAUCGUGAAGUGUGUAGACUUCUCCGCUGAUAGCAACUUCCUCCUCACUGGAACCCAGGAGAAGAACCUCCGAAUAUUUGAUCUGGAGAAGCCAGAAGCAGAGCCACGAGUAUUAAGUGGGCAUACUGCCAACGUCCGAUCAGCCUUGUUUACAAAGGGAGAUAAAUCUAUCAUCAGUAUAUCAGAUGAUAAAACCGUGAGACUCUGGGAUGUCAGCAGUGGCACAGAGGUGAAGAAGAUUGAUCUGCCAGCCCAGCCCUCCAGCCUGGAGUUGGCCCGCGAUGGAAGUGUGUUCCUAGUCACAUAUGGACAUAAAACCUGCUUCUGGAAUUCUGAAACGUUUGAUAAUGUGAGGGAGUAUGAAUCUCUAGUUCCGGUAAACUCCUCGUCUCUCCACCCUUCCAAAAACAUCUUCGUCUCCGGAGGCGAGGAUUUCAAGAUGUACAAGUACGACUAUGAAACUGGAGAGGAACUAGAAUCUUUCAAGGGACACUUUGGUCCAAUUCACUGUGUGAGGUUUUCUCCUGAUGGGGAGCUGUAUGCCAGCGGCAGUGAAGACGGAACUCUACGUUUGUGGCAGACGACUGUUGGCAAAACGUACGGCCUGUGGAAAUGUAUCUCUCCAGAUGACAGUCUCUCCAACUCCGAUUCCAACAUUCCCAUGAAGGCGGAAGCAUAACACUGGCUCUACCUAGUGCUCAAACAUUCUGCUUCAUUUACUCAGCUACAGGCUUUCCAGCAAUUUAGCACUCUGUACUUCAACAGAACUAAACAUGUCGGCUACCCAUUGCUGAUGUCCUGUGAAAUAACCAUGACGAUGACGGGUUCAGGUUGCAAUGCAGGCCACAGCAAAUACAUGCAGCACAAAUACAGACCAUCACCCACUGUUGUCAGUUUGUUAGUUUAUGCUUAAGGCAGACCAGUUUCCUUUAUUGCUUUGCCAAGGGAGCCUGCUGUUAAUUUUGAAAAAGUAAAAAAACAUUGAAUCAGUAAUCAAUGUGUUUGACUGAAGGACAUUUUUAUGUGUGUUUUUCAAUAGGCAUGAUAGGAGAUCGAUCAAAGAUCAACAUGUUUUAGAAUUUUCCUCCUAAGUUAAAUGUAUUCACAAAAACAAUCUGGAAAAGAAAAGAAAUUAAUCAAAUCUUGACUAUAUCAAAUGUAAGUAUAAUGAUGUUGAUAUGCUACUCAAAAGAAGUUAAGGAGCACCUGAUUCUUUCAUAUUUCUAUGGUUAAUAGCCUUAAACAAUAACUAUAGUAAUAUGAAAGAUUCGGGUGUUCUUUUUUGAGUAGAGUAUGUUACUGUAUUUCAUUAAAUGGAGGGGGCACGGGUGGCCCAGUCGUCUAAGGCACCGUGAUUUGCUGUGCAGGGUUGCGUCCCUUGGGCACGCCAGAAACCUAUGAUUGUGGGUUCGAAUCCCGGUUCACCCCAAUUAUGUUUC